AACACUUCUGCUCUCUCAACAUGCAGUCUGUACUGAGAUAUUUAGACCUGACCUCUGCAGCCCUGGCCGUGCUGGUCGGUCUGGUCUCACUGGUUCUGCUGGAGAUCUUCAGGUUGAGCUCCUCGAGGAGCCGAUGUCCUCCUGGACCUACACCACUGCCGUUUGUGGGGAACAUGGUUCAGUUCAUGAAGAACCCAAUGGACUGCAUCAGAUCGACGGUGAAGUAUGGGGAGCUGUGCUCCUUGUAUGUAGGGAGGAGACCCAUGAUCAUACUGAAUAACAUAGACGUAGUGAAGGAAGCGCUGGUCCAGAAUGGAACCGUGUUCUCCGGGAGGCCGUUCCUGCCAUUGAUACACUGGAUCACCAAGGGGUACGGUAUUGUGAUGGUUACGUAUGGUCAUGUGUGGAAGCAGCAGCGACGCUUCGCUCUCCACACACUGCGUAACUUUGGUCUGGGGAAGAAAUCCGUGGAGGAACGAGUGGCCGAGGAAGCACAGUAUCUCAUCAAAGAGAUGCUCAAAGAAGAAGGAAAGCCUUUGGAUCCCAUCCACCCCAUCAUGAACUCCGUCUCCAACAUCAUCUGCUCCAUCGUCUUCGGAGAUCGCUUCGAUUACGACAACAAGCGCUUUGCCAACCUGCUGGAGAUCCUGAAUGAAAACAGUCAGCUCACUGGCUCGUCUGUUGGAGUGAUAUUUAACUUGAUCCCCAUCAUCAAAUACUUCCCUGGUCCUCAACAGAAGGUCUACAGAAAUGCCAGUAAUUUAAUAGAGUUCAUUCGUGAAGCCAUGCUGGAGCACAAGAAGACCCUGGACCCUGAAAAUCCCCGGGACUUUAUCGAUGCCUACCUGCUGGAAAUGAGCAAGAAUGAAUCGAAUGAGGACUCGACAUUUCACGAGGAGAACCUGUUAAUGUCCACCGCUGAUCUCUUCAUUGCUGGAAGUGAGACCACAGCCACCACUCUCAGAUGGGGCCUCAUAUUCAUGAUGAACCAUCCCGAAAUUCAGGAACGCUGUCACCAGGAGAUCGUUCGUGUUCUGGGAUACGAUCGAACUCCCAGGAUGGACGACCGAGCAAAGCUGCCCUACACACACGCCAUCGUUCAUGAGAUCCAGCGCUACGGAAACAUCGCGCCUCUGGGUGUGAUACACCAAACCACUCAGACAACCGAGCUACGAGGCUACACCAUUCCUGCGGGAACUGAGAUUUCACCCAAUCUGAUGGCUGUAAUGAUGGAUAAAGAUCACUGGAAACAUCCGGACACGUUCAACCCCGAGAACUUUCUGGAUGAGAACGGCCAGUUCUGCAAAGACGACUUCUUCCUGCCUUUCUCUCUGGGUCCGAGGGUUUGUCUCGGUGAGUCUCUUGCCAAGACUGAGCUCUUCAUCUUCUUCACCUCUCUGAUGCAGAGGCUGCAGUUCUCCUGGCCCCCCAAUACCCCACCUGUUGAUCUGGAUGGCAUUGUGGGUGUGGUCAGAAUGCCCCACCCUUUCCAGACGAUUUGCCGCAGUAGAGAGUGUAGUUCGGAGCCGAGCUCUCCCAUAACGGCCUGAUUCUGUGGAUGGACUGCAUUUUUAAACCGUACCAUAACUGGCUGUAAUAUUUUAUGAUGUUUGAAUACGGAGGUCACGUGGCAACAAAAUGAAAACACAAAACAAACUUCCUGUUAUGUUCACUAUUAGAUAAAGUAGGUAAACGGUGCUUAACUGCAUAUCAGGAGACCUGUGGGUCUUUUUUCCCAUUGCAUGUACAGUACAAUGCACGACGCAUCUGUUAGUUCCUGUCGCUGAUUGCAUUGUUUUAAGUGUUGGUCCUUCAUGGUUCCUCAGUUCUGGUACCUGGAAAUCAGAAAAAAGUGACACACACAUUGUCUGUUCUUGGCAGAUCUGAAUACAUAUAGUAAAGCAAAUAGAUGUAAACACAGAAAAACAGGAACUUGUGCGGGAUAGAUAUUAUAUGUGUUUUAUGUUGUAUGUGAAAACAUGUCUGCAACCUAACGACUGUGACUAGAAGCACAAAAACAAAAUGGUUUUUCAUUCAUUCAUUCAUUCAUUGUCUUUUCCGCUUGUCCAAUUACGGUCACGAGGGUUGCUGGAGCCUAUCCCAGCUUUUCAAUGGGCGCAAGGAACACAGUAAUACCCUGGACGGGACGCCAGUCCAUAGCAGGGCACACACACACAUUCACUUACAGGGGAAUUCAGUGUUUCCAAUUAACCUGACUGCAUGUUUUUGUACUGUGAGAGGAAACCGGACCCCCCGGAGGACACCCACGCAGACACGGGGAGAACAUGCCUGGGGAUCGAACCCGCCCCUUCUUGCUGUGAGGCGACAGUGCUACCCACUUAUCCACCAGGCCGCCCAAGGGUUUUUCAAGUGACCAUAAUUUUUUAUGCAAUCCAGGCAACACAAACAUUAAAGCUUGUUUAAAACCCGCCAUCAAUUAACCACAUCAGCCAACAGCUGCUUUUAUUUUAUUUAGAAAUAUUUUGUAUCUAAAUGUCAAGUUAUGAAAGUUAUACAUUAAUAAAAUGGAAUAUAAUAUUACAUUUUUAUAUAUGAAUACAUAUACAAAUAGAAUGUAUUACCAACUAAUAAAGUGAAGCAUAAAACAAUGAAAGUGUUUUAUUUAGUGAAAGUUUUAUUUAGAAAAAGUUUAUUAAACAUAGACAUAUUAAAAACAAAAUCAAUAAAUAGAAACAUUUCUGCAUCUUUAAA